AUGCUACGAAACCUCGGCGGGCUUGCAGCCCCGCUUUUGGCGCUGGCCCCUGUGAUGGACGAGCCCGACGACCAACUAAAUGCUGAGGGCCAUCUCACGGCAAUCAAGCGAUUUCUGCCUUUCUUUGGUAAGUCAGUGUCCGGUUGUCUAUUUUUAGUCGGUGACAACUGCUCGUUAAACAAACGGUUGUCCGAUUUGCUUGGUGAGCCGCUUGUCGGUUGCUCAAGUCACCGACUAAACCUUGCCGUGCGGGACUUCUUGGAGCCUAGCGAGGACGACGUCGAGGGGGUACCGCAGCUUAUGCGUAAACUCUGCACUCUUAAGCAAGCGGCGAAAUUACGCACCAGAACACCACUCCGGGCGGUUUUACGACAAGAUACGCGUUGGUCAUCGACUUUUUCGAUGCUGAAACGGUACUUUCACAUUCGAGAGUUUAUAUCCGCCGACGAUGACGAGCUUGCUGACUAUCCGCCAUCGCGGACAGCGCAUCGGAAGCUUGCCGCGCUACUCGCCAGCCUGGAGGAUGUGGAGUCAGUCUCCAAGCGUUUACAAGCCAACAGGCUGACCUCGCUCGAUGCGCGAGAUCUGUUUGACGGUCUGCUGGAAAUCCAGCCGUCAUUUGCGAAGUACAUCGCUCCCGACGCUAAUAUCGUUCAUUGGCCCGACUUUGAGAAGGCUGUGGUAAAAGUUUUAACAGGCCACGCUGCCCUACUCACUGAUGCCGAAACUGCCACGUUAAAGUCGUUCAAGCGCCGAGCUAGUAUGGCCUCGGUGAGUGAGCGUGCUGCGGUGACCAAGGAAGGAUUCGCCGAGCGAAUUCUCAAGCGCCGCAAAGUUCCUGCUGCCCCAGCGACCUACGUGCUGUUGGGGGCGAUUCCGCCGACUUCCAACAUUGUAGAGCAAUUGUUCAGUAUGGCACGUGCAGUUCUGCGUCACGAGCGUCACCGGCUGUCUCCUAUUAUGCUGGAGGUGAAUCUGUUCUUGAAGGUGAACAGCUCUCGUUGGGAUGUGACAACUGUGAAGCAGUGCCUUUAA